AUGUCUUCCUUAACGCCGAACGUAGGCGCGCUUCCGGCCCGCCUGCGUAAUUUCUUUGCUCGCUAUCCACCCCAAGUUUACUCUGCGCUUGUCUCUCCUCGCCCAACUCCCCAAGAAGGUGAAGCUGCCUCCGAAGAGCCUCUUCCUUCGCCCUACACCCCCGACCGUGAUGCGAAGGGUAAUGGCCGAGCAAAUCCGGAUGCAUUCUCUCCCUCGCGUGCUCUUCUGCACAACGACCCCAAGAAUCAGAACCCUUUCUUGCCACGGAAGAUCUUCAGCACUGGAAAAUGGAUGGGCCCACGAUACGGGCUCAGACAGCAGGCGGACCUGGUGAAGCUCGCUAUCAAGUACAACGUGGAGCCGCUUCUACCUCCAGGACCCAAGUCCACUGAAUAUAAGGCUGCUAAGCUGGCUGAGCGUGGUCUACGGAUCAAGGGAACCGGUAUUGGCCAGAAGGUCAAGGGUCACAAGUGGGAGCGGACGAUGGAGGCGAGACUCGAAGACCGUCGCAAGGCCAUGGUGGAGAUGCCGGAGAUGAUCCGGUUGUGGAAACAGAGAGGUCACGGUCGUGGCUGGAGGCAAUGGCCGAAGCGGUAA